AUGGCUGCAAUGCCCAGCGAACCAGACAACACCGACUAUGUGGCAUCGCUGGCGAGCCCAACGCUCUGCACGCCGUCAACGGGCAGGCCUGGCUUUCAGAGUCAUGGGAAGACGUUAUCAAUGGCGUCAGAGCCCGCCUUCCACACCAGGUCGAAUCGCUUCUCGUUACAGUUCCCCGUCCAGCCCACCGCUCCAUUCCAUCCUGUGCGAGCAGCGUCGCCAACCCGAGAAUGCGUCAACGGCACACCAGACAUUGACGACCCCACUGCUGGACCCUCAGACGGAAACUUCCUCCAUCUCGUCGCAGCGCAAGAGCGUCGAGUGCUCGAGCUCAAGGAAGAGCUGCAACGAGCUGAAGCAGACCUCACCAGACUGAAAAGAGAGUGGGCGAAGCAUGAAGCGAACAAGAAACGAGGCGAUGCCAAACGUUUGACACGGCCUCAGACACUGCAGACCUCACCGACAUUGACCUCCGACCGAGAUGAUGAAGAUGGCUCAAGUGCAUGGCUACAGCAAGAGAUGGAACGUCGCAAGGCUCUGCUUUCGGCUAGUAAGCCCAGCAGUCGGACAGUAUUCCCCGGCCAGCGACAUACACGGGCACUGUCUCUCCUAUCACCAGCAAGAGAGUCGGUCAGGCAUAGUGCAAGCCACUCAAUACCGAUGAUGCAGCCUCCGCCGCGACCACCUCGAAAGGACAGUCUCAAGAAUCCAACGAGGCAGAGCAUGGACCUCGUAAGACCGAGCGCAAGAGAACACACUGUACCGCCAAAUGGGGCGGAUACUGAGAGCCAAGACAAGCUUGCAGCUCAGUCGGUGAUCGACCAAGAGAUGCUUCUUCGAGCAGGGAAGAAGGUCGCAACAGACUUCAAGGACGGACUUUGGACAUUUUGGGAAGAUCUUCGGCAAGCCACAGUCGGAGAGGAGUCUGGACCAAUACAACCACCGAUCUCAAGGCGAGGUUCUGCACAAACGCUCAAGGCAGCGCGGAAGCAGGGCAGCAUUGGAAGUCUACAAGGCUCAUCGCGCAGCUCGUCGACUUUGGGCAUAGGACCAGAUCGUGGAGAUGCUGCGAGACCGCCGGCUCCGAGGAAGAAGUCCGCGCCUCUUCCAGAUCUCGCAGACCCGUCUUUCUGGAGCGAUCAUGGCACCACGAUUGAACCGAAGGAGCAGGCAUCGACAAAGAAGCAAGCAGUCUCGCGACAACACAAGCGAUCGGCGGACUCGACCAAGCGGCUGUCCGGUGCGUCAAAUGAUGGCUGGGAUACUUGGGAUAGUCCGGAGCAGUCUGGGUCAUCUUCCAGCGUUGCUUCAGAAGCCAUGACGUUAUCAUCCACGGUGUCAGGCAGCGGAAGUCCGCGAACAUCAGGGAGCAUCUCAAAUCGAGAGUCAAGAGAUCUGUCUGGGAAGAAAGAGGCACUGCCAUGGCCGGCACUGAAGAAGUCGGGAAUUGGCUCCCUACGACGGACCGCAAGCCAUCUUUUGUCAGAAUGGGAGAAGAGCCUGACUCCAAGUCCAGGUGAAGAGUUCACAGGUCAGGAAGACUAUCUAGGCGCUGGCGCUUCCGCUGCAGCUGCUGAGGCGAUUGCAUAUGGUGCCAAGAGUAGUAAGAAGGAUUGA